AUUUGCGUUACCCUAUGUAGGUAAGAUAUAGGAAUUUAUAAUAUUGCGCACGUAGAAGAAACAAAAUGAUGUUAAUCUAAUGUUUACAAAUUAAUUCCGGUAAUAUUACGAUCAUCAUAUAAGUGUCACAUAAGGGAACUGUCAAAAAACACGUGCCUCGAUGGACACCGAGCAGCAUGCAAUAGAAUUUAUUCGUCAAGAUAUCGUAAAGAAUCACCUUCAAGUUACAGCUGUAAUACAAGAUAUCCAACAAUGUAUUGGCCCUUUGGAAUUACUUAAUAAAUUAAAUGCAGAAGGCAGAGCAAAUAUAGCGGCUUUAAAGUCAUCUAUAGAUAAAUUAAUAUCACUAGCAGAGAGAGAAUCCUCGGAGAAAAAGAAAGUAGAAUUACUGGCAGAGGUAGAUAAUUACAGGCAGCAACUCAAUACUUCUUUAGCCGCAUUUCGUAAAGCCAAUGUUGUUAGCGUAUGUGUGAUAGAUAAGCUUGCUAAAAAAGAACUGCUCUCCAUGUCUAAGGAGCAGCAAGAAAUGCUCUCCAUGCCUGAAGAGGAGCAAACUGCUAUUCGUAGGAGGCAUGACAAGCGAAAUCUAGCAAAUACAUCAAGUCAACUUUCUGACAAACUUUUAAGUAUAUCUAGACAUUUAGCUGAAACGACCCAAAAAAGUGCGGAUACAUUGGAUACACUGAUAAUAUCAUCGGAUAAAGUUACCACUACCAAAGACGAAUUAGAACAUCAACAGCAAGUUAUAGUUCAAUCUGGAAAACUUUUAGGCAAAUACGGUAGAAGGGAAAUUACCGAUAAAGCUUUAGUAACAUUGGCAUUUGCAUUUUUCCUUGCCUGCGUUUUUUACAUUUUACAGAAAAGAAUAUUUUGA